AUGCAUCCUCGGCAACGUAGUCCGAGAGGCUUUUAUGCCUCGGAAUAUCGCAAUCGCGGCGGUGGUGGCGGUGGUGAUGGAUUUGGGAGAGGUUAUAAUAAUCGCAGAGGUUCUGUUUCUGCUGUUAUUGGCUCUGCUGCCACCGUCCCCGGUGGUGGUGGUGGUGGUGGUGAUAUUUUUGUGGAAGCAGGUAGGCUAGCUGCUGAGUAUUUAGUUUUUCAGGGAUUGUUGCCACCGAGUGUAUUGUCUUUGAAGGUGUAUAAUCAGAAUGGUAGUUUUAAGAAACAUGUUGGUGUUGGUGUUGGUGGUGUGGGGGAAAAUUUGGUUGAUGGAGGGAGGUCUUCAGUGCUGGCUCGAUUGGGGAAUAAUGCGGUUUCGGGUGUGGAUGGAGGGUUUACUGGGAGGGGGAAAUUAGGGUUUGAGGAGUUUGGACAAAAAGGUAAUGGUAGGAGGAGAGGGAGUUUUAAGAGUAAUGGGUUUGAUUUGGGUAAUAGAGAGUAUAGAAGGAAUGGAUCAUGGUCCGAUAGAUAUAUAGGUGGUUCUGAUAUUCGGGAUGAUGAUGAUGAUGAUGUUGAUGGUGGUGAUAUUGGUAUCGGAAGUGGUAGUGGUAGUGGUGUUAGACCGCAAGAUGAAGAGGAUUGUCGGAUACCACAGCAGGAGGAGGUUGAGGUUGUUGGUGGCGGCGGCGGCGGUGAUGUUGAUACUAUAAUGCAGAAAUCGAAUUUGAAUGAAUUUGUGCCUACAAGUGAGGAUGGGAAUGAUUUGGAAGUUGAGGCUAAUAAGAAUCAGGUUUCUGUGUCUGAUGGUGAAUUGUUGGAAUUGAAACAAAAUUCUUCUGGUGAAGGAAAAGAUGCAGGUGAUAUGGAUGUUGAUUUUGUUGGGAGUUCCAAUGAUUUGGAGAAUAUGAGUAUGGAUAAAGUUAAAGAGGUGGUGAAGGAUGGAACUGGUAGUAGUGGUGAUGAUGGCGAUAAACCAAGUAUCUCGAAGAAUUCAUCUGAUCAAUCAUGUGAUCAGGAGAAUAAUAGUUCUGGCGUAGUUUUCACUGAUUUACUUUCACUAUGCAAAUCUGUUAAAGUGCCUACUAAGACACGCUCUUCGCUGACUCACAAGAAUUUGAAAGCAUUUCCGCUUGUGAACAAUGUAGAAGUUGUGAACAAUGCAGCAGAGAAUGUGCAUGAUAUCAUGGAUGUUCAAGAAACUGGAGUCUUAGUUGAAAAUGAGUCUAUUAAAGACUCCUCCCCAGGUAAUUUGCUACCUGACAAGACUUAUGAUAUCGUGCAUAUUGACUCGGACGCUGGCGAAGAGCCUGUCCAUUCUGUCGAGGAUAUGAAAGAAUUGGAUACUGCCUGUGAAGCUGUGGAAGAUCAAUCUGUUGGGUCACAAUCUGAUAAAGGCCAAGAGUUUGCUGCUGAAUUACCGGAGUUUGGAGGCUGCAGUUCCAUGUCUGAGGAAAGGGGUGAGAAACGUGUUGCAGAAGAAGAUGUUGAUGUCAGGGAAGACACCAAAAGACUGAGAGAAUGGCAGCCCUUGCCCUCUCCUAUACCAAAGACUGAGGCAUACUUUUUGCAUAACACUCCAAUUGAGGUCAAAGAUAGCCCAGAGGAAGAUGUAAUUCCAAUUUCACAUGUUGACAAAAUGAGUUUGACGUCUGAUCAAGGGAACCUUAUGAGCAGUUCUCAGUUCGCGGAUGAGGAAGAUAGACCAUUUUUCCAAUGUUCGGAGGCGAAGCCACCAUUGCCAAGUUCGUUUAGAACUUGUGAUCUGAAUCUCAUUGAGACAUCUGAAGUUCAUGACAAUCACGUUGAUCAUCCGGUUCUUAUUUACUCUCCUCCUACUGUUUCUGACACAAAGGAGGCUGUACCAGUUGAUAUCGAUCUGUCCAUGAAUCAUGCUAGUGUAUCAGGCAAAUUCAGUACUCAUGGAGCAAAUGGCAAAGAGAUUGAAGUAAUUGAUCUAGAAAAUGAUUCCAUUCAAGAAGAAAAGGCAAUAGACAGUAUUGAUAGAAAGACAGAGACUGUGUUUACAGGCCUUGACGGUUUUUCCAGCCAUGCUCAAAAUGCUGCUGAUAUACAUGAUGUUCAGGAUGGAUAUGGGCUGAUGAUAUCAGAGUUGCUUGGGACAGAUUUCGCAAACUGCUCUUCAGUAUCUGACGACAUAAACUCAGUGCACAAUGAAAUAGGCCUUGAUAAUGGAACGGGGACACUUGCCGAGGAUGAUUCCAUAUAUAUGUCGCUGGGAGAAUUAAGCUUUUUGCGCCCAUGGGAGCAGCCACCACCACAGGAUUAUCAAAAGUUCUGA